CAACGGAUCAUGCAGGAUAGAAAAGUUCUUGGAAGAUCAAAAAUCAUAAUCGAAAAGUAUCUUUAGAUAAUCGGUUAUCUAUUGUUAGGAUACGGAAAAACGAAAAUAAGCUGUUCGGAUAAUUUGGCGAAACAAAAGCACUAAAUUUUUCAGUUGAAUCUUUUUUUGUGUAUCUUACAUAACUGUGUGACAUAAUUUUCAUAAUUUGAGAAUUCCCCAAAACAAACAGAAUUUGAAUCAUUCCAAAUAUUUUGGCCUACAUGCUAGACGUGGCGUACGUAUGGAAGGCGAUCGGAAGUGGCGGCGGGUAAGGUGAUCCAAAAAUAUCUUAAUUUGAGAAAACUCAAGAUCAAUGUCGAAACCGAUGUAUCUUUUUUUCGUAAAUCAAAUGAUUUUUUAAAAAUAAUCUCAUUCUCUGACACUUUGAUUCGAUCCUUACGCAAUCUUUUGACUGAUCUUUAUAUUAUAGCAAACGGAUAAGUGACCUUAUCCGCAGCUGAUUGUGCAGUAUCUGUGGCUCAGUAGAUAUUUAUGAUAUAGUGUAUGUAAUUCAAAUAAUCAGGAGUGAAAAUUUUUGUAUUCUCAGCCGUUAUUGCUUUGAUUCAAAGGAGGAAGUGUAAAUACAUAGUUAGUGAGUGAUUCUGUGCUGAUUAUCCAAAAAGUAUCUUUAGUGCAUAAAUAUCUAAACAAAAAAUGAUUUCCUAGCGACCAGCAAAGUGCAUAUGGAUUGAGUCUAGGAAGUCAAUUAGCAUCCCAAACAGUGCCAUGAGGUGGUGUCUCCUAGAAUAGUGAAGUGGAUCAAAAACGUGAAAGCCUUGAUGAAUCCUUCAAUAGUGAAUGUUACGUAAGCGUUUGUCCCAGAAAUGUUCAGUUGAUGUGAUAGUGUCAAAAAGUGGUAACUAAUAAUAAAUAAUGCCUUUGGCGGAGAAAAAUUAAAACAAAUCGCAUCCUGGACAAAUUUGGAUUUACUGCUCAUCAGCAUACCAUUAACUAUUCUCUCCACACAACGACGAAGACCUGCAUCGUUAGAAGAUGAAGCGCCAUGUCAUCCUGGCGCUGGUGACUUUAAUUGGCUUCUUCUAUUUCGAGCUACAGCUAUCACUUGUCGAGGCUGGAAACAGUACAAACAAAGCCCAGGGUCAAAUAUAUGAUAAAUGUACGGGACCAGGUGAGCCAGGACCAUGCAAGAAUUACCUGCACAAAUGGCGGUUCGAGCCGCUAACAAACAGAUGCACCACUUUUAUUUGGGGCGGUUGCGAGGGAAACAGUCAAAAUCGAUUCGAUUCAGAAGUUGAAUGUUUGUACCAUUGUAUUGGUUCACCACAUACACUUCCACCAUAUUUGCAAUCAACGACAGUGGGUCCAGCCACAACGCCUGCAUCUGUAGACCAAACCCCCAAGGCGGACGUGAGUGGAGAAUCCAGCGCUGUGGAGCAAUACGAGAACCGAGGAGCUGAGCUAACGUUUGCCGAAACCGGGGAAGAGAAAACAUUUCUAUUUGCCAAAAAUAAUACGUUUAUCCAAGUAGAUGGCGAUAUUAUCCAAACUUUUCAGUUAAGACUUUGCCGGGAGAUUUCAUUUCAAUUCCGGACACGACUUCCACAUGGUUUACUUGUGUAUCAUAAUGUUAAAAAUCCGGAUGGGAUUGACCUCGAUCCGUACGCCUUGUACGUCAUUGUGGAGAAAGGCCAAUUAAAAGUUGUUCAUGUCUUUGGCAAGCAUUCGACAAGUGUUACAGUUGGCGAAGGAUUGAAUCGUGAUGAGUGGCAUAGUGUCAUGGUUCGAAUCGAUGUACACGGAGCCAGGCUAAUUGCACGAGUCGACAACAAUCAGGAGGAAGUUUAUCUGAAAGGACUUAAUCAUGAUACAAAUUACGGUGUCUCAGCAAAUCUUCCAUCAGUCGUUCUAGUUGGUGGACUAUCGUCUGAGGAGAAAUUACACGGAGUGAAAUACAUAAUCGAAUCGUUUGUGGGCUGUAUACGGAAUAUCGUCCUGAGCUCGGGAAAGGCUGCAUCCGAUCUGCUGCCAAUAACCCCACUAAUUGCUACAAAACAUGAAAAUGUAAAGGAGGGUUGCUUUAAUAAAUGCCAUAGCCGGAAGAACCUGUGCUUUAUUGGAUCACGUUGUAUUAAUCAUUACCAUGAUAUCUCAUGCGAUUGUUUUGGAACCCAUUACGAAGGAGAACAAUGCGAUAUCUACACUGCAACCAUACUCACCCUGCGAGGAUCAAGCUACGUGUCAUACCGAAUAUACGAUUGGAAGGACCGGGUCCACUCAGCCAUGACUCGAAUUAGUAUGAUGUUCAAGACACACUACGAUGACUCGGCACUGUUCUACGCAAGUGGUGAAUCCUUGAAGCAUCAAUACAUCGCCGCCUCGAUUAAAAAUCAUUCGGUUAACGUUGAAAUGGAUUUCGGCGAUAAUGUGAUUUCAGUGGUGAUAGGAGAUGAAUUGACUCGCCAUUACUGGCACAAUUUGACCAUCUUUCAUGACCACAAAGUCGUGAAAGUAGUCCUCGAUGACAUUGAAAAAAGUAUUGAGAUUCCAACAGUCUCCAAUCUUCUUUUUGAUCCGGAGAUUUACUUCGGGGGUGGGGCGGAAUUGAAUAAAAAGAAGGGACUGACUUCGAAUAAUAAUUUCGCUGGGUGUCUCAAGUACGUGUACUAUAACGAUGUGUCAAUCUUGUACGAGUUGAAGAAGGGGAACCCGAAAGUGCACUAUCAUGGAGUCCUGGAAGCUGAAUUUUAUGAGGCUGAUGUCGAAGUCAUACCAAUGACAUAUCCUUUCGCAACAUCACAUAUCUGGUGGCCCAUAAAUCAGGCCGAAGAACUUAACAUUAAAUUCGAUUUCCGUAGCAGUCGUACAACAGCUGUGCUCGCUUAUAGCGACGUUACGACACCGAAGGGGAGUGGAUUCUGGGAGAUUCGCAUGAGUACGGAUAAGCUGAGCUUUGAACUGAUUCCGGAUAUCAACGAUAGCAACAUCACCCACUCCAUCAGCCUGAAAAUUGCCAGCGCAACCUCUUGGCAUGCCGUCGAGCUGGACUACAAAAAUGGCGAAAUCAAAUUCACCGUCGACUAUCGACACUCGCAAACCCAAAAGUUCCCACUAACGUUCACAAUUGGUGACAAGGUGAUAAUCGGUAGUAGCCUGCGAGCCUCCACCUCGGGCCUGGUGGGUUGUAUGCGCGAUUUGGAAAUAAACGGGUUCGCCAUCGAGCCCCGGUACGUUGUCAAAACGGAGCGAGUUGUUGGUGAAAUCGCCCUAGAUAACUGUAAAUACAUCGAUCCUUGUAAACGUCCCAACACAUGUGAACAUGGCGGUAAAUGUUUUGUCAAGGACGAUAGGAUUACAUGUGAUUGCAAGGAUAUCGGGUACAUAGGCAAAAACUGCCACUUCACCAAGUACCGAAAAACAUGCGAGGAACUUGCACUCCUUGGUUACACCAAAUCCGACGUUUACCUAAUUGAUAUCGACGGCAAUGGAGUUUUUCCACCGGCACAUGUGAAAUGUGAUUUUCAAAGUUUGGAGAAUGCAACGAAAACCAUUGUCGAACAUAACUUGCCCAGUCAGGUUGAUGUGCGAAUGGCGAAAUUCGAGGAUUUCAGUUUUAAUAUCAAAUACCGUGAAUUCUCGCCAGAAAUGCUGCAGGAGUUGAUAUCGCACUCGCUGUACUGUACGCAGAGCAUAAAAUAUGAAUGCUAUAAGGCACCCUUGGAACUGCAUUCAAGUACGUGGUUUACAUCGUCCUUCAUGAAUAACACAGUGGACUUUUUAGGUAAUGUCAAGAGGGGUGCCUGUCCGUGCUCUGUCAACAAAACGUGUGCGGACCCAAAUCAAUCAUGCAACUGCGACGUCAAGGAGAAUAAAUGGUAUACGGAUGAAGGCUCCUAUAAGGAUCCACAUAGUUUAGGCGUCACAAAUAUGUAUUUUCUACAGCAAAACGACCUAGAGGAGGAUGCUCAGGGCCGUAUUACCUUGGGACCACUAGAAUGUGUUGAAACGAAUACCCAAAAAUAUGUGGUUACGUUCACUACCUCGCAAUCCUACAUUGAGGUGCCCGGAUGGCGAAAGGGUGACAUAGCGUUCUCGUUCCGGACGACAGGCGAAAAGGCCAUUCUGCUCUUUCAGCCACCCAUCCGCCCCUAUUAUCCAUCGUUUAUGGUUGCGCUGACCGGCGACUAUCAGCUGACAUUUAAUUUCACCCUUAGCACAGGAACAACUCGCGAACUGGUCAUCAACUCAAACCGGAAGCUCAACGGCGGCGAGUGGCAUAAAAUAUGGAUCGACUAUAAUGAAUAUCACGUUCGGUUCAUGAUUAAUACUGAUUACCAAAUGGUCGAUUUGCUGCCCGAAGAGGAGUUUGGUCCUUUCGAGGGCAGCAUGUACAUCGGGGGAGCCACAGCGGACCUUCUAAAGAAGCAAUCCGUUAAGCAAGGACUAAUUGGAUGUUUCCGCGGUCUCGUCGUCAAUGGCGAGAUCCUCGACAUUUACAGUUACAUGUCUGUACAUCUUUCAGAAAUCAUAAAGGACUGUAAGCCAUCUUGCGUUCCAUCGCCAUGCAAAAAUGGAGCUCAAUGCAAGGAGCUCUGGAGUACAUUUCAGUGCGUCUGCAACAACCCUUGGGCACACUUGGGACAAUUCUGUGAGACAAACAUUAACGAAAAGGCAUUGACGUUCAUUAACCGCGAAUCGUAUCUAAAGCGUAACUACUUGCGAAACGUAAGCGAACACGAACGCAAUAUGCUCAAGGAUAUCCUCCAUAAAAAUAUCCUCAUCAACUUGCGAACGUACGAUACCGACUCGCUGGUUCUCUAUGCAAACGACCACUUCAAUAAUUUCGUUCAUUUGUACAUUACGGCCGGGAAGGAUGUCGUCUUCCUCUAUAAUUACGGCGAUGAAAUUGUCAAUUUAACAAUCGCGGAUGACGAAGUGAAAAGCGGAAAGAGUAUUCAGGUGGCGAUAAUUAGAUCCGACAUGGCAACAACAAUGCACGUCAAUGGAAAAAAUGUGACAAUUGACAGGGGCACGUUACUUUUGGAGGAGUACUCGAACAAGCCAUGGCGCAAUCCUGACAAAGAGGUUCUGUCACCCCAUCGACCCCCGGCACCUCCCACUGAAUACUUCCAAUUCAAUGUCGGAGGAUAUGAUAAAGCCAACUUAUUAAAAACACAAAUCGAUCAUCCAGAGCUCCAGGGAUACAUAGGAUGCGUGAGAGGACUGAAAAUAGGAGAUAACCUAAUCGAUUUAGCGGAAAUUAAUGAAGGAAAUAUCGCUCACGUACUGGAUGGUGUCCUGCCCAACUGCCAAAUUAAAUGUGAUGCAGAACCCUGCAAAAACGGUGGUAUUUGCAAGGAGAAUUUCGCCAUGCAAGAAAGCACCUGCGACUGUGAACACACAAGCUUCCUAGGGGAAUUUUGCACAGAAGAAAAGGGAGCCGAUUUCAAUGGCGAAUCAUCCCUACAACGAAAAUUCGAACUUGCCGGAAAAGUAGAACAAGUCAAAUUACAAUUAGCCUUUUCCGGGUAUGAUUUACGUCGUGCCAGUCGUGUCAUGCUCCUACUCCAAACAGUCAACGACCGAAGCUACUACCUCAUGGUGGGCAUAAAUCCCGAUGGACAUUUACUCUUCGAGGAAGACCGAGAAGGCAAUGAUGCUGUCGGUGCCAAGAUUGAAAGGAACUUCCUGAAUAAUGCCCGACAUUCCGUCUACUAUAGUCGGAAUGGAACCGAAGCUGUCUUGCUAAUUGAUCGGCAGAGUGUACCAUUAGUGCCAAUCAAUGCCAGGACAUUAACGUCUGUAGCUGAUCCGGGCGCUAAUAGUGUACAAAUUGGUGGCAUCAACACAACUGACCCAAGAUUUGCUGUUUACAAAAGUUACAGUGGCUGUUUAUCAAAUAUUUUCAUCAAGGUCAAUAAUUAUUCGAUGAAGCCUUUGGAGGAGUACAUGCUAUUCACCAAGUCUGGGGCAGAAAACAUCACUGUAAUCAACUCACAAGGAGUACGGAGCGCUCAAUGCAACGCCCAGUUUGAUUUAAUUCAGAAACUGAUAUCCGAACCUACCCUGAACUUUAGCGUUGUCGGCUCUGAGAAGUCAUGGGUUGAAGAGCCCCCAACGAAAAUACCCUACAAAGCGCAACACUUUGACUCCUCGCGAAAAGAGGAGAAGACCCAAGUGGUGUUCAUUAUUUUAACUACGGUAUUUUUUGUGAUAAUUCUCUGUUGCUUAAUUGAAGUUUAUCGAACAAAUCGAGCGCACAAGAAACGGAUCGAACGUGAAACUGAUGAAGAUAUAAUACGGUCCAAGGAACAAGCUGCCAAACUGCACGAAUCACCUGGCCUGGGGGCGAGAAACUUCCAGUAUAGACCGGUUGCACAUGAUGAAAACGGCGCUACACCCAAUACUGGUGCUGCUGCACCCUUGGUUGGUAUUUUAAAGAACGGUAACGCUCCAACGACACCAGUGCCAACUAACUUAGAAAAUCCUACAAAUGGGUCAUUACCAACUGGUAUCCUUGAAGAGCCUGAAGAAGAGGAAAAGGAAGAGCAGGCAUACGACAAAAUUGACAAUGCAAAACUGAAUCGAAGGAGUAUACCUUUAAUGCCUGGAGUUAGAGACAGUCAACUCAUGGAUCAUGAACUGAGGUGGGACCCAUUGCCAAAUUUGAAAGAACCUACCGGGGAUAAGAACGAAUCAAAGGAAAACGGCAAUGGUGAUGCAACUGAUGAUGAGAGUUCAUCGACAUCUUCAUCUGAUGAUGAAGCCGUCUUAGAUAAUCCGGAUGAAUACAUGGACGGAUAUGAAAGCAAGAUGCCAUUAUUAUACCAAAUUAAUGAAGAUGAUGAAGAACUACCCCAUCAAGCCAAUCAUCAAAAUCCGGCAACAGCUCCCAUAUCAUUUGCACCCGCUCCCGCUUCGACAAAUGCCACAUUAGCAACAGUAGAACAGAAUUCACCUAGCGAUGGGCCAACCUUCCUCAAAGACCCUAGUCCCGACGAUAGUCUCGACACCACACUAGCAACAGUAGGACAGAAUUCACCUAGCAAUGAGCCGGCUUUCCUCAAAGGCUCCAGUCCCGACGAUAGCCUCGAUGAUACUAUGAGGAUCUCCGGAAUUCCUAUUUCACCCUUUGUCACACGUCGAAAUCCAAAAGCGCACGUAUCACCUGCAUAUAUCGAUGAAGCACAUCGACAAUUCUCGAAUCCAAUUAGCUACUUAGGUGGACCUCGAUUAGAGCCUCGCAAUAGGAAUAGUGUGGAUUCAGUUUUGUCGAUAGACUAAUGUGUACUUAGUUUGAUAGUUGAGUGAUAAGUAGUUUAAUUAGAGGAGAGUUUGAUAAAAAUAAAGAGAAAAU